AUGCCGAGCUGGAUGAUGUGGGUCGCUAGCAUCGAUGUGGUAGAGAACGAAGAGGCCAGUGCUAGCAUCAUCGUUAAGAUGACAGACUCAUUUACUGAGCAGGCUGACCAGGUGACUGCUGAGGUCGGAAAACUCUUGGGUGAAGAGAAGGUGGACGCAAUCCUUUGUGUGGCUGGAGGAUGGGCCGGGGGCAAUGCCAAGUCCAAGUCUCUCUUUAAAAACUGUGACCUGAUGUGGAAGCAGAGCAUAUGGACGUCCACCAUCUCCAGCCACCUGGCCACCAAGCACCUCAAGGAGGGAGGCCUGCUGACCUUGGCUGGUGCCAAGGCUGCCCUGGAUGGGACCCCUGGGAUGAUCGGCUAUGGCAUGGCCAAGGGCGCUGUGCAUCAGCUGUGCCAGAGCCUCGCAGGGAAGAACAGCGGCAUGCCGUCGGGCUCGGCCGCCAUCGCUGUGCUCCCGGUUACCCUGGACACCCCGAUGAACAGGAAAUCGAUGCCUGAGGCCGACUUCAGCUCUUGGACACCCUUAGAAUUCCUAGUUGAAACCUUCCACGACUGGAUGACAGGGAAAAACCGACCGAGCUCUGGAAGCCUUAUCCAGGUGGUAACCACGGGAGGAAAGACGGAGCUCACGCCGGCAUAUUUUUAAGGUUCAUCUCAGUGCCUGCGAGGGGCCUGCCGAACAGGUCAUUGACCUAUUUCCAGGUGGUCACAACUGGCCCUGUGUUUUCUGUAAACCUGUUCCUGGUAUGAGAUAGUGAGUCUUAUUUUUUUUGUUGUUGUCGAAUGUGCAUUUAGAGCAUUGGUGGUGCAGUGGUUAAGAGCUAUGGCUUCUAACCAAAAGAUUGACAGCUGGAAUCUACCAGGCGCUCCUUGGAAACCCUGAGGGGCGGUUCUGUUCUUUCCUAUAGGGUUGCUAUGAGUUGGAAUCGACUCAAUGGCAAUAAGUUUUUUGGGAACGUACGUUUGCUCUCCCAAGACAGUGUAAAAUGUUUAUGGGAAAUAAAAACGUGUGAGGGUGGAGGCUUACAAAUGGCAUCCGUCAAUGUUCACUGUUUAGCUCCGGAGGUCUGUGAAUGGCCCCUUUGUAAUAGCGUCAGGCCCUGUUUAUUUGUUUAUCUGUCCCUUACUGUGGCUACCAUCUUGAUUUGUUGGUAUGGGGUUGUUUGGAGGCUGAGUUAUUUUAAAAAUAUUAUGUUUAUGUCAUAGAUGUAGUUUUUGCAGCCUUGAAUGAAACUGCCUUAAAACUCCUCUAGUGGUGUAAGUAAAACCCAGUGGACUUUGUCCCUGUGUCCUUUUUCUGUGCAGAUGCCAAGUGUCCCCUGGCCGAGGGCUAAGACCUCGCAUGUGCAAGAGAAGUACUUGUGAUUAUUUGAAGUUUUUCCACCGAAUAAAUGUACUUCAUUUAUUGUGUUGUGUUCUUUAAUCAGUAUGGUACACGCAGUCAGCAUUGUCGUUGUUGUUGU